UAUACCUAGGCCUAAGCGAGUGGAAUUACAAAUAAAACACUGGCUGGGUAGGUCUCCUUCCUCUAGCAGAAUUUCCGAUAAUAAGUUGCUUAUCUGAUGAAUGCAGCUCUCUCUGCUAUUCUCACACAACCUCUGCUAAAUCUCAGGUCUCUGGACAUAUACAUUGAUCAAAUAAUCCCACGGAAUCAUAGCUUUAGAAGAAACCAGCACCAUGAUCCCACUUAUCCCAAUGGCGAUAUUCUGAACGUGGCACUCCGAAAGCUAGCAGAACGGACGGACCCCUUUGAUAAAACUUAGACUCGAGGGACAGUGGCUACUCUCUCCAGCAUUAUUUGAAGGAGAAAUUGAGUUCCCCCAUCUA